UGCUGUGUUAUCAUUAGUUAAACAAUAUAAAAUUGCUAUUGCCAUGUAUUUGAACUCUUGUCACAUUUGAUAGGUAUGAAGCAAAAUUGGUAAAAUCAGUUGUUCAACAAGUGUUAUUCGAGCUGAAGGAAAAGUUUGAGUUGGUUCUUCCUGAGAAUUUGGUCGGAAUUGAUAGUCAUAUGAAGAAGGUUAUGGAAUUUGUCGAUAAUAAUUCUCAUGCCACCCUAUUUGUUGUCAUCCACGGAAUGGGAGGCAUUGGUAAGACUACUCUUGCUAAAACCAUCUACAACAAGCUAUCCAAUCAAUUUGAGCAUUGUAGCUUCAUUGCUGAUAUAAGGGAGUCAUGUAAGGGUAAAGGACUUGACUACUUGCAAAAUCAAUUAAUCUCUGAUAUAUUGAAUCCAAAAAAUCAAGUUUCCAAUAAGGAUGAAGGGAUUAAGUUCAUUUCAUCCAAGUUUGUAGGUAAGAAAGUGCUCAUUCUUCUCGAUGAUGUGGAUGAUGACGAUCAAUUGAAGGCUUUGGCUGGAAAGCAUAACUGGUUUUCUUCAGGAAGUAUGAUCAUUAUUACCACCCGAAACAAAAGUAUUCUUGACAAUGCUAAGGUGGACUACCAGUAUGAACAUGAGGAAAUGGAUGGGGAUAGCUCUUUGAUUCUGUUUAGUAGACAUGCGUUUCGAAGGGACGCUCCUCCAAAGGAAUUUGAGGACCUUACUCGUAAGGUUGUGUCCGCUACCGGAGGGCUUCCCUUAUCUCUAAAGGUUGUAGGUUCAUUUUUGUGCGAUAAAGAGCUAGUGGUAUGGACAGAUACGUUAAGAAAAUUAAGAAAUGUCCCUCCUAAGGAAGUGCAAGAAAAGCUAAGGAUAAGUUAUGACGCUUUAGAUUAUGAACAACAACAGAUUUUUCUGGAUAUUGCUUGUUUUUUCAUUGGCACUGACUUGAGAAUCGCAUCCUACAUGUGGGACGCUUGUGAACUUUACCCAAAGCAAGGCAUUGUAGUAUUGAGAUUAAGGUCAUUAAUAAAAGUCGGAGAGAAUCAUGAGCUUAGAAUGCAUGACCAAUUGCGAGAUUUUGGUCGAGAAAUUGUCCGCCAGGAAGACAAGAAGGAGCCUCGGAAUCGCAGUAGGUUAUGGGACUCCGAGGAAGUCUUGAAAAUACUAGAGGAAGAAGAUGAGGGAACAGAAAAGAUUGAGGCCAUUUAUCUUACCGCAAACCGCUCAGGAGGCUUUGGGGGCCAACAAUUCAAGAAGUUAAGGAAUCUAAGGUUCCUUGAAGCGAGAGGGGCACAUUUUAAUGGAGAUUUUAAGGAUUCAUUUAAGAAGUUAAAAUGGCUUCAAUGGCGGAAUUGUCCCUUGACUUUUGAAGCAAACAAUUUUCAUCUAAAGGAAUUAGUUGUACUUGAUAUGUCGCAUAGUGAGAUUUCAGAUGAAUGGCAAGGAUGGAGUUCCAUCAUGAUGGCAACGAAGCUAAAAUAUCUCGACCUUACUUUUUGUAAGAGGCUCGAGAGGCUGCCAACAGAACUGGGUAAAUUAGGAGCACUGGAGGAACUCUGUCUAGACGGCAGUGGAAUAAGGCAAUUACCAAACAGCAUUGGGGAUUUGCAGAAUCUAGAAAUUCUGAAUAUUAGAAGCACUAAGGUAAAAGAAUUACCCAAUAGUAUUGGGAGGCUGACAAAGCUCCGAGUUUUAGAUGCUGCAAAUUGCUAUCAACUGGGAGGGGAACUGCCGAAAAGCAUCCGUAAUCUUUCUUCCCUGCAAUGCCUAUAUUUGUAUUCUUGCGAUAAGCUCCAAUCGCUGCCGGUGCUUCCUUCCAGCUUAACACAUUUGGGCGUCUCCUGUCAAAGUCGCAAAUUGACUUCACUUUCCAACCUAACCCAUCUCAAGGUGCUACAACUUUAUUCUUGCCCAAUUCUCGAGCACUUCUGGGAGCAUCCCUCCGCACUAAACACUCCCUUCGAAUUGGAUAUCUUGGAAAUCUCUUCUUGCGGGCGUAUCAAGACACUGAACGUUUCGCUAUUUAGUCAUCUGAGGACAUUAUCGGUCAAGUAUUGCGAUCUUAUACUUGAAAUUCGAGGUCUUGACAAUUUGAAAUGUUUGGAAAGCUUGGAAAUCGUAGAUUGUCCUUCAAUUGAAAGGCUCGACCUUCCAAAAUCCAAGGGUCUAAAGAAAUUAAUUGCUCGAGAUUGUGAAAAGUUAGUUGAAAUUCAAGGCCUCGAUAGGUCGGAGUCCUUGGAAGGAAUAGAUAUCUCUUGGUGCCAUUCAAUUGAAAGGCUGGACCUUUCAAAAUCCAAGGGUCUAAAGAUAUUCAAUGUUUUUGAUUGCGAAAACUUGGUUGAAAUUCAAAGUCUUGAUACGUUGGAGUCCUUGGCAAAAAUAGAUAUAUGUAAAUGCACUUCAAUUACGAGGCUAGACCUUCCAAAAUCCGAGGGUCUAAAGAUAUUCAGUGCUGAAGAAUGCAAAAACUUGGUUGAAAUUCAAGGUCUCGAUAGGUUGGAGUCCUUGGAAGAAAUAAAUAUCUGUUGGUGCACUUCAAUCGAAAGGCUGGACCUUUCAAAAUCCGAGGGCUUAAAGAUAUUCAAUGUUGGAUGUUGCAAAAACUUGGUUGAUAUUCAAGGCCUUGAUAGGUUGAAGUCCCUGGAAGAAAUAAAGAUCUUUUGUUGCACUCUAAUUGAGAGGCUGGACCUUCCAAAAUCCAAGGGUCUAAAGAUAUUCAAUGCUGAAGAAUGCAAAAACUUGGUUGAAAUACAAGGUCUCGAUUGGUUGGAGUCCUUAGAAGAAAUAAAUAUCUCUCAGUGCACUUCAAUCGAAAGGCUGGACCUUUCAAAAUCCGAGGGUCUAAAGAUAUUCUAUGCUGUAGAAUGCAAAAACUUGGUUGAAAUUCAAGGUCUCGAUAGGUUGGAGUCCUUGGAAAAAAUAGAUAUAUGUGGAUGCACUUCAAUUACGAGGCUGGACCUUCCAAAAUCCGAGGGUUUGAAGAUAUUCAAUGCUAGAUAUUGCGAAAACUUGGUUGAUAUUCAAGGCCUCGAUAGGUUGAAGUCCUUGGAAAAGAUAGAUAUCUCUAAGUGCACUUUAAUUCAGAGGCUGGACCUUUCAAAAUCCGAAGGUCUGAAGAUAUUCAAUGCUGGACAUUGCGAAAACUUGGUUGAUAUUCAAGGCCUUGAUAGGUUGAAGUCCUUGGAAGAGAUAGAUAUCUCUGAGUGCAUUUUAAUUCAGAGGCUGGACCUUUCAAAAUCCAAGGGUUUGAAGAAGUUAUCUAUUGAAUUUUGCGAAAACUCGUCUCUAAAACAUAUUGAUAUCUCAGGAUGUUCCUCGAUCGAGAUCUUACCUGAUUUGUCAUUAUGUACCAACUUGAUUAGUCUGGUUUUGCAAAAUUGUGAGAAACUGACUGAGCUUGAAGGGCUUGAGGAAUUGGAGAAAUUAAUGUUAUUGGACAUUUCUGGAUGCAAGUCACUCAAAACAAUACCAGAAUUAGCGAGUACAAGGAUUUGUCGAAAUUACGAGAAAGAAGCAUUUGACUCAUAUCAUACAUGAAAAGAAUUUGAAUAUUGCGAUGGGAUGAGUCAGAAUAGUUACGAUGAUCUACAUUUCCUGACAAAGGUACAUUAAGCAGGACAGUGAUAUUGUUUUCUUACUUGAAUUCAAGGAAUCUAUGGGGAAAAUGUCGUGGAAGUUAAUGCGUGCUUCGGCAAAAUGUUUACGCUCAUCAUGCCAGUAAUGGAAAUAGAUCAAAAGGCCUUCUAAGUGCAUCAUUUUUCAUUAGCCUUCGGGAUUUAGUUAUUAUUCCACCAAUUGUGAUGUAAAUGCUGAAUCAUCCAAAGGAGCUUUGGAAAGGCUCUUCUAAAAGGAAACAAAAUCAUCAAAGGAUCCGAACUCGAUGUUUCUUGGACUGCUCCAAACGCUGACAAUGCAUCCUUGGAAAGGUGAAGGAUGUUCGCCUAUUUUUAUCCCACAUUGCCCUGAUUACGAUCAACAGAAGCAUUGCAGAGCUGAAACUGUCCGUUAAGAUGUUUUUGAAAUACUGAAAGUCCAGCCAAUUAGUCAGAUAUAGUGCCCAAUAAUUUGGACGAUUGUAUUUCAAUUUGGUAUAAUAAUUGGCACCUGCAUGGAGGUCUUUUGGAGUCUUAUUCACAGAGAGUAGUUGUGAUUCAGGUUUUGAAGCUAUUCUGUUUGGCUGCUAAAUUUUGUUGGGUUAAUAAAGAACUUAGAGGUUGUUACUUUGGGAAGCUGCUGUCAGAGUUGGCUUGGCAUGGUUGUACCCACUGCGGUUGGAAGUCUUGGAAUCAAAGUUUUGAGAGGUUGAGAUCUUAUUGCAGUUGAUUUUGCUGUCAAAAUGAUAGAGGUUGCUGUUAAUACCAAAUUUGAAAAUUUUUCUGGUGUGAAGAACAAGGUCGCCAGAGUCCAGUGAUGUGCAUUUGAGAUUGCGCUCUAUUUGGGAUAUUGAAGCUCAAUUGUAACAAAGGUUCAGCUAUCAUGAACAUGCAAUUUUGGAAUCCAAUUGACCAUUUGUUUUGCAAAAACAAAUGCCCUAUAAUUUGUCAUGUCCCUUGUCAGUAUUUGGAGCAGUCUUUCUGUGCUCAGAUUACUUAUUAUCCCUGUUGCACUUUGAUUAGUUUUGCUUGCUGCACUUCCUAUGCUUAAACUUUUCUUGACCUGUCUUUUCGACGAGUUGCCCAUGUUUUUUUUUUCUCUUUUUCCCCUUGAAAUGUUAUUUGUCGAAAUUCUAUUGCAGCUUGCAUUAUAUCCAAUUGGAUACUAAGUGUACUAACAGUAGGAGGUCUAAAAAUCAGUUUACUCAUUUGGCAUCAGGUAAUAAUGUGCACCGUUCACUCGUUUGGCCUUCCAGUGAUAGAGAAGCUUAGGACGCACCAACGCCUCGGAUUAUGCCUGGUAGGCCUAAAGAUACGAGAAUAACAGAGGAAGGAGAAUCCAAAAAUGGAUUCAAAGUGUCAAUACAAGGCACAAAAAUCACAUGCCAUUUGUGCUUCAAGCGAGGCCACAACUCAAGAAAUUGUCCAUGGAAACAAAAGGAGAAGGUAAGGUUUAUUCAUUUUGUGUUUCUGGUCUCUGUGGCGGUCUUUUUUUUCUAACUUUAUUUUUCUUAAAUGAACAUGAUGAGGAGAUAGUCUGACAAAGAGAAGCCAACCAACUAGUCAAAAAGAUGCAUCAUAACAAUGUCACCACUCAAAAGGUACUUUCAACCUUACUUUUAAGUAACUGGCUAUGCACUUGAACGAUUAUAAGAGCCAUUUUAACUUGAGCAUUGUUUGGUUCUUAAUAGCCUGGAUGGGAAGGCAGUCGAGUCAUUUCUCUACUAAGAGAUACCAACAAUGUUUUGGUCAAUGCUAAGAAGGUAGAGAGUGCAACUCGCAUAUUUAUCACUAUAGUGGGAAUAGAGGUACAGCUUUAUGGUUGUAAACGAGUUGUUAUGUAAAGAUUUGAAAUUUGAUUUUUAUAGCAUGCAUUUCUUUCGUCCAGCAGCAAAAGGAAGACAUUAUGAAAAAGAAGCAAGAGAAAUGGAAACAAGCGGUGGAGCAUUCGGAGGACAUUGGAAGUGUUGGAUCAACAAGAACUCCAAGAAAGAGGAAAAUCAACCAGAAGUAGCUGUUUAAAGAGUUGGAAGUAUGAUAAUGUUCUAGUACCUUUUGUUGUUAUGAUACUCUUCAAUUUAAGAUCAAGAGAUGGAGUUUGUUUUCUAUAUUCGAGUGUAUAAGAUGUGGCAAUGAUAGUGUUAAGGCCACAAGCAUUCUGGGCUGCAGUCUUUUGUUCUUGGUAGUACAUUUGAUAUUUGAAAAGAAGUGCAGUUGGCCUUA